AUGGACACCACGCCGGCGCCAUGCGGCAUCCCCGUCUCCGCCGGCAUCGACCCGGCGACUAUACAGGCGCUCUCGUCGUCGGCUCAUAUCCCUUCGUUCGAGUCACAUCCCUCGGCGGCCUCGGGGCAGUCAUCAGCAGCAACAGCAGCCGCCGCCGCCGCCGCCGCAGUAGCUGCCUCCACGACAGGAGCCGCCCAAAGCCGCCCCUGCGACAUCUGCCGCCAGCGCAAGACGCGAUGCGUCCGCGAGGAGGGCCUCGACAAAUGUGUCAUGUGUUCAUUCCAUCGACAACCGUGCACGUACCUUCGCGGUCCGCUCCCGCGCAAACGCCGGAAGGCUACCGAUCCCCCGGAACAGCGCCCGUCCACCAAUGGUUCCGUCUCAGCGCCCGCAGCGCCCGCGGGUCCUCCACCCGCUCCCGUCCCGCUGGACCCUCAGGAAGAGAUAACGCACCCCUCUCCCGAGUUACUAGAGGCCCUUUCGCCUUCCCUCGCCGGCUCGGAACACGCCGCAACCUUUAACCAGCCCUCCCUGCUCGACGGCACUCUUGGUCUGCAUCUUAAGACUCAUUCCGAGUACGUUGGCAACACAAAUCACCGGGAGCCCUCCCUGCUGGACUUACACCGGCCUCAUGACCCGGCCGUCAGGUCCGUCCGCCGCCUUGAUGAAUCAACUGUCUUUCUCAUCCACCGCGACCGAGAAACUUCUUCAGAACCUCAGAGAAUAGCCGACCUCGACGCCAUAGAAAAGGUCGUUCACCCCCUCGGCUCGACACUUGUGAACCUUUACUUCCGCAUCGUUCACCCCAGCUUCCCAGUCCUCCACAAAAAAGUCUUCCUCGAGAAGUACGCCCGCUCCUACCAUGAGUUCUCCCCGCCACUGCUGGCCGCCGUCUACCUCCUGGCCCUAGACUGGUCUCUCUACGACCGCACCCUGGCAACCUCCUCGUGGCAGCCCGACCAGGCCGCCUUGGAGGCCCUGGCCCUUCGCACCAUGAGUGAUGAUAUGAAGCGGCCCAAGAUCUCGACCCUCCAGGCGGGCCUGCUUAUCCAGCAGCGCUUCCGGAACAAUACCUGGACCUUCAUCGCGCAGCUCAUCGCCCUGGCACAGGGCCUCGGCAUUCACGUGGACUGCAGCGACUGGGCGAUCCCGGACUGGGAAAAAGGCCUCCGCCGCCGUCUCGCCUGGGCGCUUUUCAUGCAGGACAAGUGGGGAGCUCUCGUCCAUGGCCGGCCGUCGCACAUACGUCUCGACGAGGACUGGGACGUCCGGCCAUGCUGCGUCGAGGACUUCCCCGAGAACGCCGCGGACGAGGAGCACGACCCGGAGGGCAGCGCUGAGGUCGUUGUCGGUCGCGAACUGUUCCUGCGCCAGAUCGAGCUGUCUCUCAUACUCAGCGACGUGCUCAGCACGUUUUACACGGCCAAGGCUACCCGUCGCGGCGGCACCCUCGACCAGAUCGGCACCGUAGGCGUCGCCGAGCUCGCCAAGCCCAUCGUGAUGAUGCUGCGGGAGUGGUACGCCAAACUCCCGGAAGCCCUACAGCUGCAAGAGACGCGUCUCAAGAAGCUCUCAGCAAACGGCUCCCUCCACCUCGCCUACAUCUCCAUAGACCUGGCCCUCCACCGCUCCCUGGUUCGCAACAUCUCCUCCAGCGCGCCGCCGGAGCUCCGCGCCGCCAUCCGCGCGGGCGCCCGCGCCCGCCUGGCCUCCGCCUCAAGCAUCAUUGCCAACCUGCAGAUGGAGCACAUCCAGUCCUUCUGGGGUUUCGCCGCCCCGGCCCAGCUUGCCGGCAUCGGCUCGUUCGCGGGCCUCCUAUGGGCCACCUCGGACGACGACGCCGAGGCCAUGUACUACGCCGACCGCGUCGAGGAGUACCUCUGGAGCCUGAGGGUGCGCGCGCAGGCGGCGCCUUUUGUGAGGGAGGCGCUGCGAAUGCUCGAGUCAGACGUCAGCGGGCUGGACGCCGUGAGGGCUGCCGCCGAGGUCAAGAUGUAA